GGAAUAUGGCGUGAAAAAUUAUUUUUACAUAUAUAAACCACUUUUCAAAGUCAUAAAAGAAUAUCUAGUUCUUAUGUUUUGAAGAUAAACAAAAAAAACAAACAACAUAAAAAAGUUUCACAUGUUUACAUUACAGUCGCCUUCUUCAACGAGGUCGUUUUAACGCGGUCAGAGAUCUGGACAAUCACAUUAGUAUGCGUAAUUAUGCGACUUACGUAAGCAAUUGUAUAGAAAAAAAAGUGAGCCCCCGUAAUAGUAGAGGGUUCUUUUUAGAAAAAAUAUGUAAUGUUUUGAGAAAGUAAAUAACAAACAUUCAUAUUAAAUUUUAUCAUGGAUCAACCAACGGUACUUGGUUUUCAGUUUGAACCAGAAUUUCAGGAUGAUGAAGAACAUUCUGAACCUGAAGAAUAUUCUGAUUUUUCUUUGGGGUCGAUGGUUGGUGUACUUGUGGGCACUGCGUCGUAUUGGAUACGGAAAGAGAGUGCAUAUGCUGCCACGAGAUAGACGAAAUAAAAUAUUUCAAAUUAGACGGUUUGCUUUAGUUUAUUUCUAUUUACACAAUAAACAGUGAAACAAUUACACAUACAAUCUAUACCCAAACCUUUUUUAGAUUGCAGAUGUAUCACUGAGCACAAUAGCUUUUCAAACGUGAUGCUGGACAGGGGUGUUCUGUGGACUGCUUUGGUAUCGUUAUAUGACAGGGAAAAUGCAUCGUUACCAUGUGAUAGGGAACACGUACCUAGCCAAUCAUAUCGCUACGCAUCGUACAGACAGUUUAGUUGGUUCAUCCAUACUAGGUUGGGACGAGGUGUGCGGAGAGUCAUUCCUGCUUGUGUCGUUGCUAAAAUAAGAACAGCCUUCCCUUCUGAAAGUGGUAAUUACACUGGGUUUAGAGAGGGAGGAACGAAUGUUUCCGAGAUUGAAAUGGUGUGGCAAUUUGCAGCUCACGAAGACCAAAGCGACUAAACCGUUCAUUAGUAUACGUGUAAAAUAUCCAUGUAAAUAAUAUAUGUAUGAAAAUAGUAUGUAAAUAAUUAUAUAAGCUAAAAAAAUAAAAAGUCACUACAGUUUUAAUCUGCUAUACUUAGUUGAUUGC